GCGAGGUUCGGGGGAUGCUGCUGAACCGCCGCGGGGCGGAGAAGGCGGCGGUGCGGCGGCUUCUGCGGGCCGGAGGGGCGGCCAGAUCCAAAGUAAUGAAGAACUGGGGUGUGAUUGGCGGGAUUGCAGCUGCUCUUGCUGCGAGUAUUUAUGUCUUGUGGGGUCCCAUCACGGAGAGGAAAAAGCGCAGAAAAGGGCUAGCGCCAGGCUUGCUUAACCUGGGCAACACAUGUUUCAUGAACUCUUUGCUCCAAAGCUUGUCUGCGUGUCCAUCUUUGAUCAACUGGUUGGAAGAGUUCACAGUUCACACUGAGGCCAACCAGCCUGCAUCCUCUGGGAACCAAAGUUUAUCCCUUACAUUACUCCAGCUCCUGAAAGCUCUCUCCUGCCAAGAGGCCGCAGAAGAGGACAUCCUGGAUGCAAGCUGCCUGCUAGAGGUCCUGAGAACAUACCGGUGGCAGAUCUCCUCUUUCGAAGAGCAGGAUGCUCAUGAGCUCUUCCACGUCCUCACCUCAUCCCUGGAAGAUGAACGAGAUCGCCAGCCCCGAGUCACGAACCUGUUUGACAUGCACUCACUGGAGGUGAGGGUUUGA